UUUCAGGAGAGCCUGAAUAACGAAUGGCUACAUGUGUUUUAACUAUAGCUCCCCCUGUGAUUGAAGCUGUUGCUGCAUCAGCCGUUGGACUUUCCGCUGCAUCUGCCACAGGAGCUGGCGUUGCAUCUGCCGCUGGAGUUGUUGCUGCAUCUGCCGCUGGAACUGGCGCUGCAUCUACCGCUGGAGUUGUUGCUGCAUCUGCCGCUGGAGUUGGGGCUGGAGCUGUUGGGCUUACUCUCGUGCUCCCAGCUGUUUUGAUGGGCGUGGGAGCUGGUUUGAUAGUAGGUUCAAUUGGUCUUUUAGUUUUGGGCCCACCUAAAAGGAGAACAUCAAACAAUCAAACAGCGAGGCGCACUCCAUGUAGCUCCACAAAUUCUCCUCGAAAAUCUGAAUCAUGUUGGUAUGAACCCGAAAAAGACCAUUUCUACGUUUCCCAAAAAGCACGUAAUUCGGAAUCAAUUCGACUAACCGCCAAUGUCAUUCCCGGAGAAACAUUGAAAACAUAUGCUGAACUCAAUGAAAUACUAUUUAAUCAACUUAAUGAAAAUCGGACUGGAUCCCCUGUGUUUCGAAAAUCUGACUCUUAUUGGUAUGAACCUGAAAAAGACCAUUUCUACGUUUCCAAAGAAGCACGUAAUUCGGAAUCAAUUCGACUAACCGCCAAUGUCAUUCCCGGAGAAACAUUGAAAACAUAUGCUGAACUCAAUGAAAUACUAUUUAAUCAACUUAAUGAAAAUCGGACUGGAUCCCCUGUGUUUCGAAAAUCUGACUCUUAUUGGUAUGAACCUGAAAAAGACCAUUUCUACGUUUCCAAAGAAGCACGUAAUUCGGAAUCAAUUCGACUAACCGCCAAUGUCAUUCCCGGAGAAACAUUGAAAACAUAUGCUGAACUCAAUGAAAUACUAUUUAAUCAACUUAAUGAAAAUCGGACUGGAUCCCCUGUGCUUCGAAUAUUUGACUCUUAUUGGUAUGAACCUGAAAAAGACCAUUUCUACGUUUCCAAAAAAGCACGUACUUCGGAAUCAAUUCGACUAACCGCCAAUGUCAUUCCCGGAGAAACAUUGAAAACAUAUGCUGAACUCAAUGAAAUACUAUUUAAUAAACUCAAUGAAAAUCGGACUGGAUCCCCUGUGCUUCGAAUAUCUGACUCUUAUUGGUAUGAACCUGAAAAAGACCAUUUCUACGUUUCCAAGAAAGCACGUACUUCGGAAUCAAUUCGACUAACCGCCAAUGUCGUUUCCGGAGAAAAAUGGAAAACAUUUGCUGAACUCAAGGAAUUACUAGGAAACCAACUUCGUGACGCUAACCAAUCGAAACAAGAUUCCUAUCCAAGAGGAGAAUGUAACACCCCAGAGAAAAGAAAUGAAAAAAACAAUAAUUUCGAGAGACAACAACCACGAAAAUCGUUGCAAGAUCAGCAUUGGAAUGUUCCUUUUGAAUUCGAGAGAGACCCGAACAACCAAACAGGCCGAGAAAGAGAAGAUUCAUCCACUGACCAGUUUUGGAUGAGCGUUACAACUCCAAAAAACUUUACAUACACCAUGGUAGGUCUUGCCAACAAUGGACGCGAAGGUUUCCUGCAUUCGUUAAUCAGACACGGAAGAGAGUUCACGGGCUUUCCAUCGAAUCGUUUUCACAGAGAUAUUCUGGAUGUAGUUCCACCAUCCAUACGCCAAUUGAUAAAAGAAAUUCGGAAUUACAGCAACAGAGACAGGAGUAAUGAGAUAGAAAAAGAGUUACUUUCGGAUAGGUCAUAUCCUGCUACACUGCAACUCCAGAAAAAGUUUCGAGAUUACAUCCAGAAAAUUGUAAACGAUGAGAGCAACUUUUUGUACAGACGCCCUAAUACAAACGGACAAACUCAAGUAUUUUGGAAAAUAAACAACGAGAAGGUUCUUGUGAUUUGUUUAUCAGAAGACCCAUAUUUUCCUGAAGCUGGCAGGGAUUCUGUUUCACCGGAAAGAAAUAUCAGAAAAAUUAUUACUAUGUUUGUGAAAAGCAGGAUAAGUGUGGACUCGAUGAUAAGAGCAGACUCUCCGUUCAAUACCCAUGGUCCCUAAACAAAUAUCAAAUUCUACCACAAAUUCUGUAAACUAUUAGUGAACCUGACGACAACUGAAUGAAUUUUUAUCUUUUCCCUG